AAAAUAACAGGUUUAGGUCAUCAUCUAAAUAGUCUUCUGUAAAGUUAGCGUCUCUUCCGCUUCCCCGUUUUUCUAUGGCUUCCUCCACCCUUAACCGUUGGCUGAGGCCCGAGGUGUAUCCACUUUUUGCAGCCGUAGGCGUUGCUGUAGGAAUCUGUGGAAUGCAAUUGGUUCGUAAUAUCUGCGGCAACCCUGAAGUCAGGGUGACAAAGGAAAACCGGGCAGCAGGGGUGCUGGACAAUUUUUCAGAAGGGGAGAAAUAUGCUGAGCAUGCUCUUAGGAAGUUUGUUCGAAACAAGUCUCCAGAGAUUAUGCCAAAUAUCAACGGCUUCUUUAGCGAUCCAAAGUGAAGUUUGACAUGGAUUAACAUCAUUAUUCUUUGUCUUUUCCAUUGAAAAAGAUAGACUUGAAAUGCAUUUUUAUAGCCUGUUUUGGGCCUAAAAAUAUUGAAAGAAAAAUAAAUGUAAUUUCAUAUACAAGUUCCUCCCUUUUAACAGGGUACAUCUUUACAUAUACUAUUUAUCGGUUGUUUUUAUAUUUCUGGAAAAUUGUUGAUUUCCUAUCAUGAAUGAAUAGCAUUAUUUUGGAUUUUGCUCUGUA